GCUGUCAACCUGUCAAAGGUCAAAGGGAACUGACAUCAUCAAAACAUUUUGCUUCGCGUUUUGUAAGAAAGGAAAGAUGCAAAAUGGCUACAUUGGGGGAAAGUGAAAAUUAUAUACUUAAAUUAGACAACAAUGAUGGUAUUCACUGGGUACCUCUUUCUCUAACUCUAGUUGAAUAUCCUAAAGGUGAUUUGAUAGGGAAAUUUUUAGCAUUUAUCAGCCUGGCACCUUUUGGAAUUGGUGCUGGAUUUAUUAGUUUAAUAUUAUUCAGAAGAGACUUACACACAAUAACAUUUUUCUUGGGAACAUUAUUCAAUGAGUUAUUAAAUUAUUUUCUCAAACAUACAAUAUGUGAGGCUCGUCCAAUGGUUCGAAAUUCAUUAUACACUGAAUAUGGAAUGCCUUCUUCACAUGCCCAAUUUGUUUGGUUUUUCACUACUUAUGUUAUUUAUUUUGUAUUUAUAAGGCUGCAUCAUAUGAACAACAAUAAUAUAAUAGAGACAAUGUCAAAAAUACUCAUUUUGUCUUCUUCAGUGAUUAUGUCUCUUCUAGUUUGUAUAAGUAGAACAUAUCUACAGUACCAUUCAUUUUAUCAAGUACUGAUAGGAUCUAUAGUAGGAGCACUUUUUGCAACUUUAUGGUUUGCAUUGACUUAUAUGGUCUUUACACCAUUAUUUCCACAAAUUGUUUCUUGGAGAAUAUCAGAGAUAUUACUUCUACGAGACACUACAUUAAUUCCCAAUGUACUCUGGUUCGAAUACACCAAUACCAGGCAAGAAGUUAGAGUAAGAAGCAGGAAGUUAGUCAGCAUGAAAUCGCAAUGACAUUUACUGAGUAAUGGAUUGAAUUUCAAUAUGCCCUAUGGUUUUAUUAGGUGCAUCAAGGAAGUCCUUGACUGGCCAAGAAAACGAUAAUUGUGAAUAUUUCCAAUUCUUGGUAAGCUUUGGAAACAAUCAAUAUAAAAGUUAGGACAACAGCUUUCUAGGUAUUUGUAUGGAGUUUUUAUACAUUCUUGUGCUCGAUUGUAGAUCUUUACGAGAACCAGAAAAAAUUGCUAUUUUCAUGAAUCUUGAUUCAUUGGAUAUAGAAAACUAUAAUGAUAGCUGCCAUUUUAUUUAUUACAUCAUCGUGUUAUUCAGCUAUUUUUUCAGUCAUAUUUUUAAGUAAAUUGGAAUUAGUGUUUAGUUUGGUAGCUUUUAGUCUAUUUGCUCAAUUUUUUUUUCGAUGCAAUAAAUUUGUAAGACAUAUUUUUUAAGUUCUCUAUUUUUGAUUAGAAGAAUAAUUCAAAUGAAACAAAAUUUUCCCAAAAAAAGUUUUUUUUUUUGUGAAAAUCAAAAUAGCUAAUGGUUUAAAAAAAUUCAAUUGGAUGAAUUUAUUGUUCAAGUGACAAUAACUAUGUGUAGACAAAUGAUGAUGGCUUACCUGAAAAUAUUGUCCAAGUGGGUAUUGAUGCUAUACUUGAGGAUUUAUUCAAAAUAAGUUUUGUUCAGUUUUGAAUCCUCUUUAGUCUUUUUUUAUUGUUACAUUGAAAAUUAUUUUGGGUCCCAAUUGGUCGAAUAUCUUUCACUUGAAAAACUAUUCAAAUUCAUUAUGGAUAUAUUGUUUUCAAGGCAGCAGAAAAAACUAUUUUGUGAAAAGUACUUAUUAAAAGAAAUAAUCGACUGAAUUGUUAGGUGUUUUAGUGUUACUACAUAAUAAGCAUAGUACUAACUCCAAAAGACAGAUUUCAUUGUACAUUUUAUUGUUACUAGAGGAUACUUAUAUUUCGACGUAAUCUACCAAUUUUGAGAAAAACUUUUUCAAAAUAAUAUAUACUGCUACAUUCAUAGAAUACAUGAAAAUUUCAUCAUGACCUGUUGCACUGUUUCUCCGAUUCUCCUACCUUAUACAAGCUCUACGCUUUUCAUAGAGGCCUAGGAGAAUCAGCAAAAACAACAUUGAAACAGUAUACAAAUUUUUUUUACCCAUUUUGAAAGAUCCACUAAAAUAACUCUUUGGGAAGAGUCUUAAUCAAAAAAUGUGUCGAAUAGAAGUUACUUAGUCUUCAGUCUUAGUCAUCAAAUGCAAAUAUUCCGUAAUUUUGGAGUUUUAGUUAAGGGUCGAGUAGUUUUUUCUUUAUUACUUGUUGUUGAUUGUGCUUGAUAUCAGAAAAAAUUUUCAGUAUUAUCUUUUCAAAUAAAAUAAAAAAGUAAUUUCCACUGAAUUAUUUAAUUGUUGUUACUAAACAAGGAAAGCAAGCUUUAAGUCCAACAUACCCCAUAGUAAAUUAUAGUAUUGAUACAAAAUUUUUUUUGUUAACUGAAUAUUUCCGAAAUGAAUGCUAAAUAUCUAAAGACAAAAUUCAAUUAUGCAAUAACUUACAAAACAAGAUACAAUCUUAGAAUCCCUGGAAAUAAACAGAUAUAAUACCCAAAAUAUUCUGUUGAACGAACAAACAGAUGUAAACUCAUCCCCUUUAUUGAAUUUCUUCUGAUAGUUUGGAAAUCCCAGGCGGCAAAUUGUCUUUGUUUUAUUUUAUUUAUAAUGCAUUUCCGCCAAGUAAGGAGCGAAUCCAUUAAAUAAAAAUUAUUUUUUUCGUUAAUCGAUGUUUUAAUCAACCAUCUGGAGCUUUUAACAAAAGAUAAAAAGGGACAAAAUGUUCAUAGUUUUUUUACGAAGGAUGAGCAAGAAAAUAUAUUUUGUACUAAAAAACCUACUUGAAUUUGAAAUCAAACACCAAGAUCACAUUGAAGGUCUGCAUUCGAUGACACCCUGAAGCCUAAAAAACCUUCAUUUGAAACAUUUUGGAACCAGAUUCUUCCAAAGGAGUUAUUUCAGUGAAUCUUUUAAAAUGGGUCACCCUGCACAAAACACUUGUCAAUAUUAUUUUUUUUUGUACUGAUAUAUGUUAAAAUUUUCUUUGCCAAUAGAAAUCAUGUAAGAUUUAUCAGUGCAACAGGUCAUCUAAGAAAGAAAAAAAUUUGAAAAUUUCUGAUUAAUUUAUAAAUAAUAUUUUCAAUUUACAGUUGAUCUGUGUAUUGAGAAUCAAUCAGUAAUAUAGUAAUGAAUUUCUGCAAAGUGUUCUUCUAGGAAUUGUAAUAAAAAGUUCAAAUGCAAAAACUGGAACAUAGGAAUUCCAGUAUAUUUUUCUUCAUGCUUGGUGCUAGGGACAUUUAAUGUUAAUUUGUUAAUACGUAUAUAACUAUGUUCCAUAAAUGAGAUGAUUUUUUCUGUAGAGCAUUGAAGAAUGAUUUUCAAAUUCCAUUUGAACAUUUAAACAGUAAUGAUUAAUUUGAAAGUUGAGUAGUGUUUCGGUGUUUUUAAAGACUACUAUAAGACCAAAUUAUAUGACUUAUGUGUAUGUAAACUAGCACUCAUUAAUUGUACCUAGCACAGUUCUCUGGUUACUUUAUUCUUGUUCACAUACCUUUUUCCGGUGUGUGCGCAUCUUACGAUUAUGUAGAAUGACUGCUGUGUUGCCUAAAUAUUUAUUUCACAUAAACUUGAGAGGGAACACAACUCCGUGACAUUCUCGUGAUCUGUCAAUAUUUGCCCAUAGGAGUAGGGACAAAAAUAAUGUUAAGUGUUGCCAGAAUGAUUGAAUAACCAAUAGAAGUUGAGAAUAUAAGAAUAAUUCCAACUUCAUCGAAAGAAAGUACUUUUAUAAAUUUCCACAAAAUUAGAUUGUUGUCAUCAAACAAAAAGUUACCAAAAUUAUUUUUUUUCCAUUCGAAAAUUAAAAAUAUUGAAAUACUAAAAUGUAGUUAUUGUUUGAAAAAAUUUUGUGGAAACCCCAUAAAAAUCGGUAAUUUGUAAGAAGAAAUAUCUCUAAUUUCGUUUUUUGAACUGAGCAUUCACAUGAUUGUGUUCCCUUUUUAGUAAGAUUCUUCCAUGUAGCUUUGGCUAAAUAUAACUGUUCAAUUGAUUAAAUGAAACCUAUUCAUGUACCUGAUGUUAUUCACUGUCUUUAUCUUAUGUCACCUCUCUCCUUCUACUUAAUUGCUAUUGCUGAAACUAGAAGGAAAUUUCAGAAUGAAAGCAAAAUCUUGAUUAAUGUUGCAGCUGUUUGUUGAAUUCAGUUAUAAAUUUUGAAUGGAAUGCAAUACAAUUUUUCAUUUCAACUUUUGUUAUUAUUGCCUUUUAUAUAUUUUGAGCAAUAAAUGUUAAUUACCUUA